AUGAACUAUAAUCGCAGAAAAAAGGGUGGCCAUGCACCAGUGGACAUCAUUGAUGAAGCUAGCGAUGAAGAGGAAGUUCGUAUUCGUGUCCCUCGCUCCUCACAGACAUAUCACCAUCACAUGGACUAUUCCUCUCAAGUCGGUUCUUCCGGCAUCAGUGUGCGAACAACUGCCAUAGCGAUACAGCCAGGACCUAUCUCUGCCAUGAAUACACAAGAUCCUCCUUUGCCUCCUCCAGAACCUACUUUCUAUGAUACCUCUUCAUUACUCGCUGGUCUCUCUGGGCUUUCUUUCCUUGACCCAGACUAUACCACUCCUGCGGAGGUCGCCCAUGGUGUGGAAGAAGGAGUGCAGCAUCCUAGGCCUUUAGGCAUAAGUGGAAGCUUUAUACCUCAAGAACUUGUGGCUGAAAUUUAA